CCGUCUCCAGUCUUCACCAUCAGCAGUCUGCCAGCCUGUUCCAGGUUGACUAUCUUGUGUCCAUGGCAUGUUGGAACGUCUGACUAAGUCGGCUUACGUCUGCCUAAGAUGCCAGAGAAGACAGAUCAGAGACCAUCUGUUGUCUCCGAAAGCCACCGAAUCUCGAAUCACAUCCUCAUUGCGACGAUGGCAGAGCAGUGCUGCAGCCGCCCGUGUCGAAGAGGAGCCCGACGCCUUCGAUCAUGAUCGCGAAACCCCCUCGCCUCCCGACGAUGGCUCCCGUACAGAUGCCCCUUCUGCGGAUGCAGCACCACAAAGACCAGGCGUUGGAUAUCGAAUAUGGAAACCGAAGCGUACGGCAAAACUGGGCGUGAAUUCGUUGGGAAAGCCCGCGGAGGUGUUGAUCCUUCCAUCAAGAGAUCGAAGAAUACCCCGAGUGCCUCAACAGGGUGGCGACAAGGAGGCUGUCAGAGCCGUGAUGCAGCGAGCCCUCAACUUUGAAAAGGAGCCUCUUCAACUUCAGGAGUUGAAGACAAAUAUAGAGCAAAUACGGACGCUGAUCGAGAAACAACGUGGCCAAUUGGACAUGGAGGAGUGGACCACUCUCAAGGGCCACCUAGUGCAAGGGUUCACGUGGAAUCAACUCAAGCUUUACCUUGUUUCUUACAAGGAGCGGUUCCGCGAUGGAUCUGUCUAUCAGUCUCACUAUGCCAGAGUUCUUGACAAAGGAAAGGCAUCUCUAGCCAAGUUCAUUGUUGAGGAUAUCUGGGGCUUCACCGUUCCGGCAGCCGAGGGUGCGGACGGCGAAGCGGAGGUGCACGCAAGGAAGAAACCGGGCACACUCACCAUCGCUGUCAAAGAGGACGAUAAGAUGGAUUUCCUGUUGACCAAUGACAGCCAGUAUCUGAAGACAAUGUCGGAAGAAUUCCAAGUUCAGAUCGACGUUUACCGGACCCAACGCAAAAUCCGAAUCCACGGCCUGCGUGCCAGAGCUACCAAGGCACUGGAUAAGUUAUCGCGUCUUCUGAACGGUCUCCAAGUAACAGGAGUCCAACUUCAGGAGGGUCCUGUUGGCGACACUUAUCUUGAUCGGACCUUAAGGCCCCUUGUCGCACCUUUCCUCAGAUCUGUGGCACAGAAAUAUCACGUGCAUAUCCAUGUCACAUCGCAAGCUAUCCGAAUAUUGCACUUGAAACGACCAGAAUCCGCAGAGCAUGCGCGUCGAGAAAUCCGACUCGCUGCUGGUUCGGAACCCGAAGGCUGGCAACGAGUGAUCCUGCAGCCCCCAGUGCCUGUUGAUCAAGCUGCUAUGAUACCACACGCAACACCUGCCGAACUUUCUUGGGGUCUUUAUCAGCUACCCUGGACUAGACUAGUGGUAUCGAGUAUCUCACCCCAGUCAACCGAUAUGGAUGCAUCGCAUGCAGCAUCACCUGGCUCUCUAAUCGGCGAUAUCGAGAAGUGGUUGCAGAGCCCUCUAUCUUGGUCAAGACAAUAUACCCGCAAACACUUGCAAUAUGAUGUUGCGGUCCAAUUCGGCAAGGCGUUGUUUCGAGACACUUCGAAGAUCAAAAAGCCGGCAGACAAAGAUGGGGCCGCGACAACAAAUAAUGUGGGGAAGGCUGAGAUGAUCAACAAGAUGGGCAGCCCCAUUGGCGACGAUAUGAAGGCGAACAAGGACAGCCAGGACACUGUAAGGAACGCGACGCUGGUGGGCGCCAAGAUGGAUCAAAUGCUUGGGGACCUCAAGAACAACGCUGGCCCUCAAGAGGAAACUGCGUCAAAUGCGCAGCAGGGUCUCGGCGAUACAGAACUUGAGGCUAGCAGCAACGAUGCAACGACGACUCUUCACCCCUCCGUACCCCUGGAGAAGCCGGACAAGAGAACCUUGAUGGACAAGAUAUUGUCGGACGUUGGGAAACCGAGCUUCGUGGGAGAUGUGCCCCAUCUAGCACAGCAACUUGCGCCGCUAGCGGAGUGGAAACCGCGGAGAAAGCAAGAACCGCGAGAGGUCGACCCAAAUGCAAGACUCAUCCUACGCCUCGAACUUGGCCCUACUACAGAAUACACGAGAUUCCCCAAAUUGGAAGUCAUCGUUGCCGCAGUGCCAGACGAAGACGGAACGCCGAAACUCUCGAUUGCUAGGCUCUCGGCUAUUUUCAGCGAAAAGUCUUGCACUGUUCUUUGUCCGGGUCGCGAGGUCGACAUGAAACUCACCGGAAAGCUCAGGCGAGACCUCUGGCAACAAGGGGCGAACGACUACAAGCUAACCCAACCACUGUUGGACAGCAUCCGGAGAUACGUUGCCAAAGCUCAGCGCCCGAAUGCUACUGACUGGGUCUUCUCACCGUUUGUCACAUUGACGUUUCUGUCAAACACGCACGACUCGCUGGAAACUGACCAACAGAAAGUCAAUCACAAACUGAUGCCGUCUGAUCAGCUCGAGUCCAAGAAGAAAAACGAGCGGAGUAAAUCAAAGAAGUUGGAAUAUAUGCUGCAAAGUGUCGAUGCGGUGGAUGCCGAUUCACGGUCCAUUUCAGUAGAGUAUGCUGGCAUGGACACAAAGGAGAAUCUCUGCCUAGAGCACGUCACGCUUACCGGCGCAAAUGCGACUAGACAAGAGCUGCGGCUGGCAGAACGACCAUUUCUGUCACUACCGACGCCGCAACGUCCAAAUGUUCGCCUCCUCGCUCAAGCUGGUCUCGAGUUGCUCAAGCGGCUUGGUCAAGAUCCCACAAAGACAAAGUCGACUCAGUUGGGCGAAGACAUCCGGCUCGUACAGAUGUCUCGAGAUGCCGGUGCCGUCGACCAGGAUGGUCAAGUCGUAGGCAACCGUGCCGCGAGGAGGAAAGCCCUGAAGUCGGCCACUGCAAAAGAGGAGGGUGGGCAGAGCUUCGAGGAAACAGCGCAAGAGCUAGUCAAAGAACAUCUUAGUGGGCCAGCCACGGAGUCGACUGUAGGGUCUGACGGCAAGUUAGUGAAAGCCGCCGCGAAGCCGUCGCAGAAGAAAUCGUCCAGAAGGUCGAAGAAGCAGCUCGCCAAGGAGACACCCGACAAGCCCAAAGGGGCGGCAAAUCAUGAGCCAGCAUCAAAAGCCGAGAAGAGCGAAAAGUCCGCACAAGAUCGGCCUGAAGCAGAGUCAGGGCCGGAGCUUGAGAAUAUCCGGACGGUGAAAUCUACUGUUCCGAAGGUGAAAUCUCGCGCGUGGAAAAAGAAGAACUGAGGUACGGCUGGGGCAAUCCCCUAGGCGAUUAUACUCGAAGCAGACUGAGAGGCUCGCAAGGUGUUUCGGCGGUAUUCGUUCAGUGUCAAAAGCUAGGGAUGCAUGGUCAGGGAAGCUUUGGCGCGUUGCUGGUAUCGGAGCAACUUAUGUAUUUGUAUUUAUAUUGUGCUAUAGCUUCUUCCUCUCCGCGAAGGACGUCAUACGUGAUGAGUGAGAGCAACUAACCCUCUGCAUCCCCGGCGAAGUCGGGUACCACAAUAAGCAUGUACAGUACAGAUAUACACCGCAAUAUUGGUAGACGUGGGGAAAUAGUGGAAGAUGGAAACAACAGAAGAAGAUCUUCGUGGGGGGCAUAAGGG